AUGAGUGCCAAAGUCGGUCUACUGAAUAGACCUGAUGGAUCGUCACAGUUUACGUGGACGAGCCCAAAUUACUCUACAACAUCUGUAUUAUGCUCGGUAUAUGGUCCAGUGGAGGUCCUUAUAAGAGAUGAAAAGGUUGAUCGUGCAACUGUGACGAUUGAUGUUCAACCUCUUUCUGGUUCAAAGAACACGACAUGCACACUGAUGCAGUACCAACUACGACAAAUCUUCACACCACUCAUAUUAACCGCACUACAUCCACGCACAGCUAUAUCUAUGACCUUCCAAAUCAUGGCAGACGAUGGUGGUGUACUAGCAGCAUGCAUCAACUCGGGAGUCUUUGCCUUAUUGGAUGCUGGAAUACCUAUAAAAUCACUAGUAGCUGCCUUGGACGUGGCAUUCUUGUCUGAUGGAUCACUCGUCAUCGAUCCAUGUCUUUUGGAAGAAGCUGAAGCGUCGUCAAAUCAUGUAUUUGCUUUUGAUGGACGUGAUGAUGCUGUCGGUUCAGUGGUUGGAAAUGUGUCGAUGGGACUGUUUACAGAGGCUGAUUUCGUGACGUGCCAUGACGUGUCAAAGUCCGGAAUAACAGCUCUGUUUCAAUUUAUGAGGCAGACUAUGGAGGGUAAAGUUGUUGGUGAACUGAGGCUUCCAAUACACGCCCCAUUGAUUAAACACCUAAUACUACCAGAGUCAUGGCUUUAUUGUAUCGACAAGAUAUUGCCUCGACUUUCGAAUCUACAAUAUUGCGACUUGUCGGGAGCAGAUUCCUGGUGUAUCACAGACAAGCACAUCCGAACUAUAGUAAAUUCCUGCCCAUACCUUACCAGCUUUAUAACGGAUGAUUGCCUCCAAGUAACCGAUGAUGCAUUACGAGCCAUAGCGGAUGCCAAGAUUGGUAUCACCACAUUAUCUUUGAGUCGGUGUCUUCAGCUCACCGAUGCUGGAUUGGAAUGUUUAAUGUCUAGCUGUGGUGCCCGAAUAUCGAAACUAGGUCUACGAUGUCUUCCAGGUGUAACAAGCUCGGCAUUCCUUGCUGUAGGGACUCACGGGCCAAAGCUGGUUGAACUUGAUAUAGGAGAGAACGAAUGUGCAGAUGAUUCCGUCUUGGAGGCUCUGGGUUCUCGCUGCAAGGAAUUGAAGUCGCUGGAUAUAAGUGAAUGCAAUCAGCUUUCUAGUGAAGGUUUAAUCAACUUUGGUCGCCUCGUGAAGGACAGAGGUCUCCAUGAACUCAAAUGUAAUGGACUGAUGGACGCCUUAACUGGCAAAGUACUGCUUGAAUUAGUCUCUGCUACAAUGGAAGUAUUGGAAAUAGCUGGCUGCCUCGACCUGAACAAGAUCAUCUUGAGUAGUAUAACGUCAAAUCGGUUGACUACGAUAAAUCUAUCACACGUAACCAGCACCUCACAUCUCGACAAAGCCUUCGCAGGACUUAUAAAAAGACAAGCGGGCCUUCGUCAUCUAAAGCUGGAAGAGUCGUGUUUAGGCACCGAUAGAGUAUUAGAAGCAUUAGGUGAAUCCUGCCCUCUUCUUGAAUCACUGGACGUUAGCAGUUGCCAUGAAGUGUCGGAUAUUGGCUUAAAAUCAAUAAGCAGUUGUCGCUGCCUAGUUGACAUCAACGUUAAGGACUGUCCGGAUGUGACAGACGAUGGAGUGACUGCCCUAUUUGUAAACGGCAGCAAACUUCGGGUCUUAAAUGUCGGUUUGUGUGCUCGUGUAGGUGAUAUGGCCGUAAAAACUAUAGCUCCUCAUGUCUCGACAAUGCAUACCCUUAAGCUCAGUGGUUGCUUCCUUAUAUCCGGUCGGGGUUUAAUGUCUAUUCAACUGUCUUUAACGGCUCCCACUCGCUUCUUGAAGAUUGUAUGUUUUAGUGGAUGCUAUAGACUGGCCGAUGAACAUAUUACGCCUAUAUUAGUCAAUAUGCCAUUGCUUGAAUCUCUCAACGUAUAUAGUGUGACUGGCGUAACAGAUGUUACAAUGUCGGUCUUAGGACGCAGCUGCCCUCGAUUAGUAUCUCUAGUAGUGUCGAAAUGUAGCAUCACCGAUCAGGGCAUAAUGGACCUCGCAGGGUGUAAAUUCCUCCACACGUUAUACGUUGGAUUUGUGAAAAAUCCAAUGCUAAUCACCGAUACCUCCAUCACCCGUUUACUGGACAAUUCCAGGUAUCUGAGGCUACUGGAUGUCUCUGGAAGUGCUAUAAAUGACACUGGAUUACUCGGAGACGCCAACUCUGAAGAAGAAUUUCAAGAUGCGGUAGCCAGAGUCGAUGGCAUCAAAAUAUCACACGAAGAACACCAUAAACUGGAGUGGGAGCUAAGGAAACGAGAAGAUGAGAUAUCUAGGAUGCAGAAAACGCUUAGUGAUGCUCAACAGGCGCUGUUUGAUGAGAGGAGACAGCUGCUGAAAGUUAUGGCAGAGAAUGAUGAUCUGAAGGUUCAGGAACUGAAGGAUCGUAAAAAGAUUCGAUACUUGUUGUCGGUUGCUGGAACUCCUGAUGAAGAGACCACAUACUUUCGUGAUGCGCUUGAUAAGAGGUUGAUCAAGAUACCUGCUGGUGUUACUACCAAAGAUGCUUCCAAAGAUGAACGUGACGUUGUGUUGCUGGAGGAUGAAUGUGAAGCUUUGAAGAUCAAAGUGUCGGCGCUUCAGACGCAACUCGAUGAGCAGAAACACGCCUACGAAGACUCUAUCGAAAACCUGAAAAAGGACCGUUCCGCACAAAUGGAAGAAGAGAAAAUACGCAGGAGGCACGAAUCAGCACGAAUCGAAGAAUUGAUGAGAAAAGUACAUCGAUUACGUACCUUAUGUCGGGAAAACACUCGUGAAUUGCUACAUACCAAGAAGGCCUGUCAUGCCACUGAACGGGCCUUGAUUGAAGAAAAGACGAGACUGUUGGAGAAUGUGCAUUCUGCUACGACUAAAUUUACUGCUGAACGUGAUCGUGUGCAGACUGUAGAAAAGUCGUUGGAGACUAAGAUUCUGAAACGGAAUGAAGGGGUGUUGACAGAGUUGAGAUCGCAGAUUGCUAAGCAGCAGGAGGAGUUGAGGGGUUUGAAGACGAAGACAGACCAGAGUGAUCAACAGCAAAAGAAGAAGAUUGAGUAUCUUCAAAAUAGGCUGUCUACAUUUACAUCCAGAUAUGAUGAACUGAAACGACGACGCAACUAUGAAAUCGAGGGCUUCACAAAUGACAUCGUCUCAUUACGAAGCAAACUAAAGACAUUAGAGAAACAGAUACUGAAAUAUGGACCACUAGAAGAUCGUGAACUUGCUCUCCUAAAUAUGGCUCGAGAGACGGGUGAAAGAGCAGCCUCUAUUUCCACAAACUUACAGAGACUUAAACAGAACUUGUUUGCUUUGGAAGAAGAAACACAACAGCUUGUGUUUUAA